UCUUGUCAAAAACUUUUAACUUUCAAUUGCAACUACACCAGUUUCUGGAAACAUCACACAUCUUUACGAUUACUUAUCAGCGUUGAAUAGAUCAUUUAAUUAUGGAAAUGGACGGAGAUUCUUGUCGAAAUUUUUCAUUGGACUCCACGUCCAGUUCCCAGUUUGCUCUUCCCUCGGCAUGCGUUCCCAAAGCGAAGAAACCGGAGGUGCCCGAGCCGGAAAGCUCUCCUCACUGCUCCGACAUAAUCACAUCAUCCUCGUCCUCGACCACGACCAUCUCGAUUGGCGCCUUUGACUCGCAAUGCAACGUCCAAAAGGGAUCGAUCCCCGGGGCACCCAAUAUUGGCUAUGAGUUGAACGUGGCCAAGUCGAUAAUGCAGCAGUACAGCACCCUGAGUGGUGACAAUUUAUUCGACCACAUCAGUGACAUUAUAAAACGUGUGAUCGACGAGCGUCCACCGAAUGUGAUUGAUUUCUUUGAGGAAUUCAGCAGAAAUGUUCGCGAACAGAAAUUCCAUUUGCCGGAACGCUUUCCGCCAAACGCAGUAUUUGAUGAGGUGCGCACGUUCCGAGUGGCCAAGCAAAUUCUUCAGUCCAUGAAGCUGCCCUAUACCCUGGAGGGCGAGGUACUGGAUGGCGAGGAAAUGUAUGGGGAGGAGGGUAAAGCCAACGACGAAGACCUGAGGAUCGCCAUCGACGACUCCAUGCGACUCUUUAUCACAUUCAACGAACGCGUCCAACAACUGCAGUUUUACUGGAACCAGUGCGGCUUUAGCAUCUGCAACGACGACAUCUUCCAACUGGCCAGCGCCAUGAACCGUCUGGAGACCCAUCCCUCUAUCAUGCAGUGCCGUUUCUGGGGUUGCAUCAACGGAUUAAAGGCCUCCUACUACAUUGUGGAGGCGUCACUGACCCGCGAGGAGGUGGCCUCCCGCUUGGUCAUGAUGCAGGAAGAGAUGAGGGAGAAGCAGCUGCCCUUAAAGAUGCGUAGCGACCGAGUGGAGAGGCCCCCGCCACCGCACAUUGGGCCGGAGCUCACGCCGGGCAUUUACGGCUGGGAAGACUUUCCGCUCGAAGAGCUAGAGAAGAUGCAACCUAAGGCAGCGCCUGUUCCACUGGUUGAGGAAAUCGAAUUCUACGACAUUCCACCGGAGAUGAUCGGCCUCGGCUGCAAUAGGUACUCCUACUUUGUGGUCAACUCCUUGUACGAUGAUUGGAUCGAGCUGCCCAUCGUGACGCCUCGCCAGAUUGUCGUUUCCCGGCAGAUAAAGAAGUUCCUAACCGGCGACCUGGAAGCAGACGUAAUAUCGUAUCCCUGCUUUCCGGGCAAGGAGAAGCACUACCUCCGCACCAUGAUUGGUCGCAUUACGGCCGGCACCUACAUUGCUCCCGCGGGCUAUUAUCGGAGGAUGACCAAAAAGGAGCAGCGACUGUUCGAUGGCGAAGAUAUGGAUCAAGGGGAGGAAGAGGAGGAGGAGGAGGAGGAAGAGGAAGAGGGACUGAACGAGGCCGAGGAAGAGCAGAUCGAGGACAACGAUGUGAUGCUGUUGAAGAAUGAGAAAUACCAAGUGGAACCAUUGGGCUCUCUGGCCACUCCCGUGGCCUGGGUUCAUGUCCGAUCGAAUAUCCUCGAACAGGGACGCGUCGUAUGGUAUGACGAAGAGAAGGCCCAGAAGGAGAGGGAGAAGGCUCUGGCUCUGUACCUUAAAAUGCAGCUCAUGGACGAAAUGGAGGAGGAGGCGGAAGAGGAAGACGAGGAGGAGGGCGAUGGCGAGGAGGAAGGGGAAGAGGAGGGCAUGAUGGAGGGCUUCAAUCAGCCCGAAGUCGGUCCCAGUAUUUUGUCCUCGUGCGCCAAUGACAGGAGCGCUGAGAUUCCAGUCCCGUGGCUUAUCCGUCUGACCAGCAAGUACACCAAUCAGAAGGAGCGCAUGCUGAUCAUGCAAUCCAACGUCUGGCCAGGGGCCUACACCUUUACCUUUGAGAACACCUGCGAAUCCAUUUACCUGGGCUGGGGCCACAAAUACUUUGCCCGUAAUAUUCCCUUCAAGCACCUGCCCAUGGUGCAGGAGGAGUACAAGCACGACCCCGAGGACUUUAUCGAAGCUACCGAUCCGACCGUCGAGGAGGAGGAGGCCUACCGGGCCUGGCUGCUCCGGAAGCAGCAGAAGGACGCCUAUGUGGCAGAGGAUAUGGACGACAUCGAGGAUGACGACGAGUUCGACGACCAGUACGAUGAUGCCGACUAGCGAGGGUUUGUUAAAUUCAAUGUUUGUUUUGCAAUAAAGUUGGUGAGCUUUA